UGGAGAAUCAUUCGUUCUUCGACCAUCAUGAAAGUGCUCGUAGUCUUCGCUCUGGCUCUGGCCACCGCCUCCGCCGGUCUGCUGCCCCAACAGCUGCCGAUCCACCCCCGUGACCUGCCGGCCACGCCCUCCAUCCAGGGUCGCAUCACCAACGGCAAGACCGCCUCCGAGGGCGAGUUUCCCUACCAGGUGGGACUCAGCUUCGCCAGCUCGAGCGGCAGCUGGUGGUGCGGUGGCUCCAUCAUCGGCAACGAGUGGGUUCUGACCGCUGCCCACUGUACCGACGGUGCCUCCGCCGUGACCAUCUACUACGGAGCCACGGUGCGCACCAGCGCCAAGGUGACCCAGACCGUCUCCAGCUCGAACUUCAAGCAGCACGCCAGCUACAACUCGGUGGUGCUGAGGAACGACAUCUCGCUGAUCAAGACCCCCUCGGUGGCCUACACCACCUACAUUAAGAACGUGGAUCUGCCCGCCAUCGCCAGCAGCUACUCGACCUACGCCGGACAGAAGGCCAUCGCCUCCGGAUGGGGCAAGACCUCCGACGCCGCCACCUCGGUGGCCAGCACCCUGCAGUACGAGACCUUCGAGGUGGUGUCCGUGGCCGUCUGCCAGAACACCUACGGCUCUCUGAUCGCCACCUCCAAGGUGAUCUGCAUUGCCACCCCCAACAAGACCUCCACCUGCAACGGCGACUCCGGCGGCCCCCUGGUCCUCGCCUCCAGCAAGGUCCUCAUCGGCGUCACCUCCUUCGUGUCCAGCGCUGGCUGCGAGUCCGGCGCCCCGGCUGGCUUCACCCGCGUGACCAGCUACCUGGACUGGAUCAAGGAGAACAGCGGCAUCUAAGCGGCUUUUCUGAAUAAAACGACUAUUGACUUGAAAAUGAAAA